CAACGACGCCAACAGACUGGGUUCAAACCGUGGUUCCCAACGGGACCAGGACAUGUAGCGAUUGGACCAUCUGGAUGUCUAUCGCGUUUGGGUGGGGGUGUAGGAAUAAAUGAUCCAGUGUUCUCUUCGCCACAGAUGCUGGAUCAGAUUGAAGCCGCUUGCCAAUAGAUCCAAUUCAUGAAGGAUACAUCAGUGUUAGACUAUUUAAUUGAACUGUGGAAGGGUGGAAUUUAUUUUCGUAGAUGGCAACAACACCAUCUCAAUGAUGAACCGCCGCGUAAAUUUUUUUUUAAAUUUUUUUUUUUACGUCAACAACAUUACAGAUAGCCGGCAUUUAGCGCAAUAAUGUGUUUUUUUGGAUCUAGGUUAAAUUGUCAAUUUUUGCCUGAAUACCGAAUCAUAAGGUGAUUUGAAAACAGCUAACUGCAGAUACUGCGGACAGGCCCCACGGCCACUGUAAUAUCAACCGUUUGUUGAUGAACACGAAUCCUUUCUCAUCCAGGACCCCCUCCUGUGCAUUAAUGCACCCGUUUCAGUGGUGUAACGCUGGUCAUCGACUGGCUUGAAUGCUACAUACAACACACAUUUUAGAAGCUGCAGAGAACACAUACAUGGGUGGACCAACCUUCUCUGCAUGGAUUUAACUGGGUGCUUCUGUGGUCUGGGCCUGGUCUACUCCAACAAGUCGUGCACCAUGCCUCCCAUCACCUUCCAGGACCUGCCCCUCAACAUCUACAUGGUCAUCUUCGGAACAGGCAUCUUUGUCUUCAUCCUCAGCCUCAUCUUCUGCUGCUACUUCAUCAGUAAACUAAGACACCAAGCCCAGAGUGAGAGGUUUGGCUACAGAGAGGUUGUUUUAAAAGGAGAUCCAAAGAAGUUGAAUCUCCAUGGGCAGACGUGUGCUGUCUGCCUGGAAGACUUCAAAGUCAAAGACGAGCUGGGUGUGUUGCCAUGCCAACAUGCCUUUCACAGGAAGUGUCUGGUGAAAUGGCUGGAGGUGCGAUGUGUGUGCCCCAUGUGUAACAAACUUAUCGCAGGACCCCCAGAACAGCGCCACAGCAUAGGAACACUACUGGACGAACUGGUGUAACCAUAGCAUCCAGCACGGAGGUGGCUCCGCGAGCCGGUGUAACCUAGCAACCAACAGGAAGAGGACACUGUUAUCUGGUGUAACCUAGCAACCAACAGAAAGUGGACACUUAUCUGGUGUAUCCUAGAAACCAUCCACAGAUGACUGUGAAAUGGUGUAACCUAGCUACCACCUGGAGAGGACUAUAAGAACUGCUGUUACCUAGCAACCAACACAGAGCUACAGACAGGAGUCUACACCACACUAAUCUAAUCUCGUUCCCAGACACUUCCUCCUUAAUGCGCGAAGAGUCUGGUGGACCAACGCGUCAAACUUAGCAAAUAGAAAGGCCAGGAGAAACUCCCAGUGCAUAGGCAUUCGCUUAAUCAGCUUAAUCUACCAACCAAUCAUCUCCCACAGCACCUUCCCCCUAAACCUCCCUUGUAUGUCUCUUCCAUACGUGUCUUGCCUCCAUUUGGAGUCACGCCUCGCAGUCGUGUGAAUUGCUAAAAUGAAAUGAUGACAAAUACUUUACUCAGUAAGGUCACUCCCAUAGAAUUCUAUGUCCACUCCCGCUAAGGCCGACUUUGAAUCAUUGAUAUCCGAGGCUUAUAUGCAUUGUGCGCAAUAGCCUGGGGACGAGGUUAUACUCUCUGACAUAAUAUCUCCAUACCCACAUGUCACUUUCUUUCUUUCUCUUUGUCUCUGACUCUCACUCUUCCUCCCUCUCCCUUUUUCUCUCACUCACCCUCUGUCU